UACUUAUACAUUCUUAUAAGCUGAAAGUGUAUGAUAAUUAAAGAAAAACUAAAACAAAAUGGCGAGAAUAUCAUAUGGUUGGUUUAUAAUAUACUUCGUUUCAUGGAAUCUGCAAGUGGGAUGGGGGAGCGAUAUCACACCAAGUAUUCCUUUUCCUCAAACAUUGGAUGAAAAUCUAAAGAGAGCUGUAGAGGAUGCCGCAGGAAAUAUCACUGAUGAACUGUUUCUCAAACUUAGUGAAAAGAUAGACGCACUUAGGGAUAAGACUAUUGAAGAUAUUGUUUUGGGAAAAAUAAUGAACAAAUUUACUGAAACCACUGCUAAAAUCAAACAACUUGGUUCGAAUUUAACUAGGACAUUUAAUCACAAAUUGAACGUUACAGAAUCGGCAAUAUUAUCUAAGGUUGAUAAUGAAAUUAGCGAUAUCACUGGUGACAUUCGAGACAAAUAUUUAGAUUUUGAAAAACAAAUUAAUAACGACAUAGAUUCAAAUAAAAAAACGGCUGAAGAACAUAUGAGCAACGCUACAGAAUCAAUGUUAAGAAAUCUAGACACACAACUGGACCAGUUAAUGUUCAACGUUUCCAGUAAGUCAAACGAAGGAUCGAGUAGGACAAUUGUGGUUUUCUCAGCUUUGCUCACGAAAAAUGUGUUGAGUGAUGGAACGAAUUAUAUUGCAUUUGAUCACGUAGUGACAAAUAUCGGACAUGGAUAUAACAAAACAGGAGGAGUUUUUUCCACUCCGAUAGAUGGUCUUUUCAUGUUUACGUCAGUAUUUCUAGUAGACGAUGGUUAUGUAAACAUUAAGCUUACAAAGAAUGGAAAUGAGAUAGCACGGGGAUAUGCUGCAAAAGAUGUCCGUGAAGGAGCAGGAUUCGUGAGUGUGAUUCUAAAUUUGAAGACUGGUGAUAAAGUAGGUAUCAAAAUGAUUCCCGGAUGGAUCACAGGGUGUAUGAGAGGAGACUUCUAUUCAUCCUUUUCUGGAACAAAAGUUGGACACUAGGAUCACAGCGUUUGUGAAAGGAGACUACUAUUCAUCCUUUUCUAGAAUUAAAGUUGGACACUAGCAGUGCAACAUAUGUAUUGAUUUAGUUAUUUUCAUUAUAUUUGACAAACAUAUGCAACGAGUAGUUAAGUUUUGACUUGCAAUAUACUACGGUUUCAAUUAUCUUAUUUUCACAUGUUUCGAUGUAGUAAAAAAUUUAUUUUUUUUGUUCUACUAAUGUUAUAAACAGUCAAAUAUC